AUGGCAGCAGGAGCCUGGUGCUCGUCCGCAGGCCACACUGCUCCUGCGCCCACCACCAUCACCCCCUCCUCCUGCAUAGCCAGCCAGUGGUGGCACGGCUUCUCUGGCAUCAAAUAUGUAUUUUCCUUCGGCGACAGCUACACGACCACCGAGUUCAAGCACAAGCAGCUCCCUUACCCGUCCCCCAGCCACCCACUCGGCAAUCCGCCGUACCCAGGUCGCACCUCGGCCAACGGCCCCAACUGGAUCGACUACUUCACUGUCCGCUACAACCACUCCACCCUGCAGACCUACAACCUCGCCUACGGCGGCGCCACAGUAGACUCGAGCAUCGUUCCCCCUUAUCUCCCCAGCGUGCUCAGCCUGAAAGGCCAGGUUCUAGACGAGUUCGUCCCGGGCUACGCAGAGCGCCAGGCACCCGGAGCUCCGGCGUGGGCGGCCGAGGAGACCCUCUUUGCCGUCUGGAUGGGCAUAAACGACGUCAACGGAGCUUUUGCAAAGGGCCCUGCCGGACCCGACGGCACGGAUGCCAUCAACCAGCGGGUGUUUAAGGAGUACGCCGAGCUGGUGAGGACGCUGUACGGGCGCGGGGCGCGGAACUUUGUGUUUCUGAAUGUGCCUGCUAUCGAGCGCAGCCCCCUCACCAGGGACCAGGGCGAGGAGGCGGUAAGGCUGGAGGGGGCUGACCUGGCCCAGUUCAACAGCUUGAUCGGGGACAUGGCGAGGGGGCUCAGGGCGGAGCACCAGGAUGCUAAUGUGUGGGUGUAUGAUUCGUAUGCCGACUUUGCCACGGUCAUGGACAACCCGGGAGCGUUUCCGCAGACGAGUGGGUACAAGAACACGGAGGAUUUCUGUGAUGCGUACCAGAACGGCACACCUGACCCGGACUACUUUGAUCCGGCCUGUGGCAUACGUGCCAAUGAAUACUUGUGGUCGAAUUCUCUCCACCCAACGGAUCCGGUGCACGAGCUGGUGGCAGCGCGGGUUGCAGAGUUGUUGGUGGCUGGUCCCAAUAUCUGUUGA